AUGGAUUCCAGUAACAUUGAGAAAUUGGAGUCACAGAGACAUCCCCACUCACCACAACCACAAAACAAAGGCACCACAUUCAUCACUACUUGCUUCAAUGGCCUCAAUGCUCUAACAGGCAUAGGCAUACUAUCAAUCCCAUAUGCACUAUCAGAGGGAGGAUGGACAUCCUUAACAGCACUUUUCAUGAUAUGUCUUGUUUGUUUGUACACAGGUUUACUCCUGAAAAGGUGCAUGGACACAAACCCUCUCAUCAGAACCUAUCCCGACAUAGGCGCGCAGGCGUUUGGCCGAAAGGGAAGAGCUGUCAUAUCCAUUUUCAUGUAUCUUGAGUUGUUCUUGCUUGCAGUUGAGUUUCUUAUACUGGAAGGCGAUAACUUGCAUAAGCUCUUUCCAAAUUUUUGCGUCCACGUUUUCGGAAGAAGAGUUGGAGGCAAACAGGCCUUUAUUUUGCUCACGGCGCUUGUCAUGCUUCCUACAACAUGGUUCAGGAAUCUGUCUCUUUUAGCUUAUGUUUCCGCAGGUGGGAUUUUGGCUUCCGUUGUCCUUGUUGCGACGGUUUCUUGGAUUGGCGCGGUUGAGGGCGUGGGGUUCAAUGAAAAGGGAGUUCUCUUGAGGUGCGACGGAUUAGCGACGGCUAUAAGCUUGUACACUUUCUGUUAUUGUGGUCAUGCAAUUUUCCCUACUCUAUGUUCCUCCAUGAAGGACAAAACCCAAUUCCCUAAGGUUCUGUUGGUAUGCUUCAUUUUGAGCACGAUCAGCUACGGAUCGAUGGCAAUCCUAGGAUACUUAAUGUACGGAGACAAUGUGAUGUCUCAAGUGACUUUGAAUCUUCCCACAAGAAGCACAAGCUCGAAAAUUGCAAUAUACACGACGUUGAUUAAUCCGGUCACCAAGUACGCUAUAAUCGUUACCCCAAUCGCAACAGCUCUUGAAGAGACUCUAAUCUUACGGAAUAGCAGAACGAUGAGCUUAAUGAUCAGAACAACUUUAGUGAUAAGCACCGUCACAGUGGCUCUAGUCGUCCCAUUUUUCGGAUAUGUGAUGGCGUUCAUCGGGGCGUUUUUGAGUAUCAGUGCCUCAAUCUUGUUUCCGUGCCUGUGCUACCUCAAGAUCAACAAAGCAUCUCGGCGUUUUGGGGGCGAGUUGAUGUUCAUUCUGGUGAUUCUUGUCUUGGGGUUUAUUGUUGCAGUGAUGGGGACAUUUAUUUCUGUAAGAGAAAUUGUGCGGCAUGUUCAAAAUGUAUGAAUGUUUGUCGAUAACUGGUAAUGAAAUGUUGGCUGAUAGUUU